GCAGAUUUUUACAAAAAACAUGAAAAGUAUCAGAAAGAGAAAGCCCAAGAGAGUCCUCUCCGAAACCAAGACGAACGUCUUCGAUACCAACAGAGAUGAGAACAACAUUUCAUUCGAGGAAUUGAUCGAAAAUGAUCAUCUGAGAGUCCAAAAAUAAACGUCAAAUUGGAGGUGGAAAAACACUUAAAAAUGACAAAGAACCAGAUGACACUACUCUUGAUCAGACAAAGACUAACAAAAGAGGGUCUAUAGCCGCAAAUAGUGAUAGUAAGACCCAGAAGGACGAUACUAAGGAUUCUAAACUAGGAUCAGAUGAUGAAAUAAAAAUUAAGAAGAAAACUCUCUUUGACUCGGAUCUAGUCCAACUUGAUCUAUUCAGCCCAUUCCCGAUCGCCCUGUUCAACUCAAAUUAUCUGAAGAGGAGCUUGAACCGGAUAAUGUUCAAAGAGAACAAGAUUGCAUACCUGAAGCCCAAAUUCGUUCAGUUAUGCGACCUAAAUAUUUUCAAAUAAGAUUUAUGUCUACACAUUUUGGAUAGUCUAUGUCAUGAAAUUCCAAAAAUAAGGAGAAGGAAGAGAUCCUGUGAGAGCUAAAGGUCGCCCUGAGGGAAAAACUCCGCAAAUUCUUCAUCCUAAUGCCUUCUCCCAAGGACAAGUAUUACGACAUGAUUCCUCUGAUCCUCAGUUUGGCCAUUGAAAUUACUCUGAACACUGAGAUUACGACCAUAACGGAACCGAACAAAGUAGGGGCGCCUCCCAAGAACACCUAUGAUUAUGAAUGCAAGCAAGAUUUGUUCCAGACGGUUUACUAUGAAAUAGUUGGCUUCCUCCCUUCGGCCUACUUCAUUGAGAAUCUGCUCCUAAAAUACACGAAAGAGGAGAAUAAGCUUGGAAUAAGCAGCAAAUAUUUGAAAGAUAAGAAGAAAAAGGUUAUCGAUAAGCCCAUGCUCAAAGGAGUCAAGAAGAAUUUAUGCGGAGUGAUUGAUACCUUCUACAAAGAUCAAUCUACAAACAGCUUUGGUAACAACAUGUCUUAUUCUCGGAAUUCCGGGUUUAUAAGCCCUUCUAAGUUUACCCAUCUCAGUAUGACAGAGGAGGUUGAUCCGGACCAAGCAGGAGCUGAAUCAAAAUUUAACCCACACUCUGUAAAAUUUGAUACAUCCACUCUUUCACCAUGAUUUGAUCACAUUUACAAAUCAUACCAGCAGCUUUCGCCUCAGACAGAGAGACUAGGGCACUCUAGUGGAAUGAGCUCAGACUUUGGGAACUCGACUCAACAGACACUAAGCGGGACACUUCAUUUCCCUCCACUAAGGAAGCCUCUGAGGGUCCAAGUCUUGAAGCCUUCACACUCAAUGAUCCUGAGGCACCGCUCAGAGUACGAAGUUGACCAAAACAAAAAGUGUAAUUUCCAAGUAAUGUAUGAAGAAUUUGAAAAAGAAGACAAGAAAGCUCGGAAAGAACUCAAGCAGAAAGAUAAAGACUCUAGGAACAAGCUAGUGAGGCUCCAGAAGUCUUCGACAGUUACCAAGCUGAGGAAGAGUAAUGACCCUAAAGAUGGAUUUACCAAGAAGAAAUUUAAGCAAAACUCUAAGAUUAAUGCUGACCCUUCUAAGAGAAGAGGUACUUUCUUGUCUUCUAAAAGAGAAGCUUUCUCUGCUGAAAGAAAUGACAACAAGGAAGAAGAGAAAGAGACUUUUCAGAGAAAAUGGAUAGUCGGUGAGACUGUCUCACCUCUAGGAGAUAUCUACAACUCACCUGGCUGAGCUAGGGUUGUCCAGGAUAUAGAAUCUUUUAACUUGAGACCCAAAAGAGUUGUAGAAAGGCCAUUAAAAUAAAUCAAAUUCUCAAAAGCAGUUCCACUCUUACCAGUUCCUUCAAAACCAAAUUGACCGAAUCUCCGAGUAUUUGGGAAGGAAAUUUGAGAUUAAGAGCUCUGAACUUGAAAAAAUGAAGAACGAAAGAAUUCGGAAGCAGAAGAUAAUGUCUCGCUUCAUGGAUAUAAAGAAGAACUGAAGAGAGUCGUACUCCAUCGUGCUUGACAACCUGCUUAAAGACAUAAACAAUAUCGUGACAAGUGAAUCUAAGAUAUCGAGUUUUCCCAAGACGUUCCAGGUGCUUUCCCCAAGGUUCAGGAAGAACGAGGACGCACCUAAGAUCGAAAACCCAUUCAUUGCAGACGAAGACCUUGAAGUCAAAUUCCAGGAGGUAUUCCAGAAGUUCCUGAACGAUAUUAGGGAGGAACAAGGGAUUGAUUAGAGUUGUUAUGAUUAUGGAGAUAAUAAAGUGAUCAAUAAGGAUUA